AACUUGUGAUGUUUCCAACAGGUCGGUUCCUCGGUGAACUCACUAAGCAAGUUUUUUCUGAUCUGGAAGCUAGUAAAUAUCAAAUGGCCGAGUAUCGAAUAUCAAUAUAUGGCAGAAAGAUGAGUGAGUAGGAUAUGAAUUAUCAUUAUCAGUAAACAGUAAAUUUGAGUAUCUUUUUUUUUUUUUUUUUCCUGAAAUGUUUUUUUUCACAAUAAAUGUAUACAGUUAAUUUUAUACCCGUUUGAGGGAACACAAUUGUCGUAUGGUUAACAAUAAAAAUGUACAUGUAAAAUCUUUCAUUUUAAGAUGUCUCACUCUAAUACAGAUGGCCGAGUAUCGAAUAUCAAUAUAUGGCAGAAAGAUGAGUGAGUGGGACCAGCUGGCAAGUUGGAUAGUAAAUAAUGAAUUGUACAGUGAGAAUGUUGUCUGGUUAAUUCAGCUUCCAAGACUCUACAAUGUUUACAAGGAGAUGGGAAUUGUGACUUCUUUCCAGAACAUUCUUGACAAUAUUUUUCUACCUCUGUUCGAGGUCACUAUUGAUCCAGAUUCUCAUCCUCAGCUCCAUGUUUUUUUGAAACAGGUUGUUGGAUUGGAUCUAGUUGAUGACGAAAGUAAGCCCGAAAGACGACCAACGAAACACAUGCCUACACCGGCACAGUGGACCAAUAUAUUCAAUCCUGCAUUUUCAUAUUACGUGUACUACUGUUAUGCUAAUCUCUAUACCUUGAACAAGCUACGUGAGUCAAAGGGCAUGACGACUAUUAAGUUCCGGCCACAUUCUGGAGAGGCUGGUGACAUUGACCACCUUGCUGCAACAUUUCUCACUGCUCAUAAUAUUGCACAUGGAAUCAAUCUGAGAAAAUCUCCUGUGCUUCAAUAUCUGUACUACCUAGCUCAGAUUGGUCUGGCUAUGUCCCCUUUGAGCAACAACUCUUUAUUCUUAGACUACCAUCGGAAUCCAUUCCCCAUGUUUUUCCUGAGGGGUCUCAACGUUUCCCUCUCGACUGAUGAUCCAUUACAAAUCCACUUAACUAAAGAACCCCUGGUGGAAGAGUACAGUAUUGCUGCCUCUGUAUGGAAGUUGAGUUCGUGUGAUUUAUGCGAGAUUGCCCGUAAUUCAGUGUAUCAGUCUGGUUUUUCACAUGCUUUGAAGGCGCACUGGAUAGGCAAGGAGUACUUCAAGAGAGGCCCGGAUGGAAACGACAUUCACAGGACAAAUGUCCCUCAUAUUCGGCUGGAAUUUCGUGAUAUGAUUUGGAGGGAGGAAAUGAAACUUGUUUAUCUCGGCAAAGUGAAUUUUUCUGAAUACAUAUGCCCAUGAUACGAAGGCCUUUCUCGAGGGACUGGCAAUCUGCGUCGUUACUUACUCGUCCUUAGUUAUGUAGGCGAUUAAGGUGAAUGAUUGUUUGGCUUUAUAGCGUAAGCUGGAGCUAAAUAGCCAAUUAUGGACAUAGAGCAUAUGGUUUUGAGAUCUCGAGCUGUACGCUAGAGAUCAACUAGAGCAAAGGCUUUCCACCAUCCCUUGGUGUAUGCAUGAAUGCAACUCAACAAUAUGAUAUCGGAUGGAAGUUUUUAGGGUUUGGUAAUGCUUGAAUACAUAAUUUGUUAAAUUUUGUUUCUUGAACUUGUGUAAUAUCAUAUAGACAGUUUUAAUAAAUUUGUCGUGCGCCUAGAAUGUUUGUAAAUAAUUAUUAAAUGAACAAAAUGUCUCUGCAAUUGUGCAUGCUACCGUA